CAUUAUUCCAAUGUAUAAACGCCCAAGGCUCGACCUCCUUCGAAUUUCGAUCCAAUCCAACGUAAACCUAAAAAGCGAGAAGAGAGAGACGAACGAACGGCUAUUCGCGUUACUUCAGGAAUCUUUGAAACAAUGUCUCGUGUCUAUGUGGGUAAUUUGGACCCCCGCGUCUCUGAACGCGAUCUUGAAGAUGAGUUCCGUACUUUUGGAGUGAUAAGAAGUGUAUGGGUUGCACGGAGGCCACCAGGUUAUGCUUUUAUUGACUUUGAUGAUAAAAGAGAUGCUCAGGAUGCAAUUCGUGAAUUAGAUGGAAAGAAUGGAUGGAGAGUUGAGAUCUCUCACAAUUCUAGGGGUGGAGGUGGUGGCGGCGUCGGCCGUGGAGGGGGUCGUGGUCGUUAUGGGGGUUCUGACUUGAAGUGUUAUGAGUGUGGUGAGCCUGGUCACUUUGCUCGUGAAUGCCGCUCGCGUGUUGGUUCAGGAAGACGACGGAGCCGCAGUCCCAGGUAUAGCAGGAGCCCAAGCUAUGGUCGAAGGAGUUAUAGCCCCCGUGGACGAUCUCCCAAACGUCACAGUCCUUCACCUCGCGGUCGUAGCUACAGCAGGUCUCCAGCCUAUCGUGGACGUGAGGAGGUGCCAUAUGCCAACGGGUGAACAAUGGUCUGAGGGAUCGUCGUCGUAGCAGGAGCUAGUUGUCUUAAUCAAGAGGUCUCUGAGACUUAUUGUGUUUAGUUUGUGUGGACGUCAGUGCGACUAUGUUUAACUCGGCUCUCAGCCACCUGGAUAAGUUUCCUUCUUACUUUAUCACUGUUGGUUAUUUAUCAUUAUAAGUUGCAGAAUAGCUGUAGUUUUUUGCUGCCAAUGGAUAUGGAGACAUUAUAUUUAUGGAGGUAAUUUGCUCUAAACAGCGCUUGCUAAAUCUUUGUGCCUUUUCUUUUUGUGUUGAGGUUUCUUCUGGUCUCCUCAUUGGUUUCUGCUUCCAAGCUGAGGUUUAAUUGUUGGCUGCCCUGCUUUGGCAUCUUCAAUUUUGAAUGAUUGUCGUCUUAGCUGCCUACGUCUCUAGAUGCUUCUCUUGAUUGAACUCUCCUCCCGUGAUGUGCGUCCCUCAAUCUCUAUUGGCAUUUCGUUUAGUUAACCAUAAAAGGAUUCAGAGCUGCUUCAAAUGCUUCUGGCAGGUACAUCUGUUUCACAGAGGUUGGGUCUUGGGUUCUUGGAAGAAUAUAGUUUUAAACGUUUCUUUUUAAGUUAUUUUUUAAGUUGAGAUGCCUUUCGAAAUUUCUGAGGAUAAGUCGCAAAGUGUUGGAAACAUUGCCCAUCUCGUUUUAUUAUUUCAUUUCCAUUACUUUCUGGGUGGGGGUUGGUGAUUUUUCGAAGGAGGUUUUGUGGGCUUCCCUCUACUAUUUUCGCAAGUGAGUGUUAAAAAAUAGAUGCAUUCACUUUUU